GAAAUAUCCUGCAAAGAAUCUCAUCUACACACUUUGGAGAAGUAGUGUCUGCAGUCUUUUCACAGGUGCUAAUGAAUAUUGACACAAAAAUCAGGAUACUCCAGGUCCACAAUAGACUGCUACAUGAUGACUGAAAAUUACACCGUAACAGAGCAGAUGACCACUCUCCACAUUACAACUGCAAUUUCCACGGCAUUUACCAAUUCCAGUUCAGAUAAAUCUCCUAAAUCGUCUGCCAGUCUUGGCAUUGCAAUUCUCUCACUCGCCCUUAUCAUUGGAUUCCCAGGAAAUACAUUUGUCAUCUGGACAAUCCUGACACGAAUGAAGAAGCGCACCGUGACCUGCAUCCUUAUUUUACAUCUGGCCAUGGCAGACAUUUUUGUCCUCCUCACUGCCCCGCUUUUCCUCCACCUACUUUCCACCGGUAUGUGGGUAUUUGGAGAGAUUAUAUGUAAAAUGUGUCGUUACAUAAGCUGCUUGAGUAUGUAUACCAGCAUAUUCCUGAUCACCUUCAUGGGCAUGGACCGCUUUCUAGCUGUCUCCAGACCUUAUGUGUCACAGAAAAUCAGGACAAAGGUGUCUGCCCGGAUUAUAGUUCUUGCACUAUGGGUAAUAGCAUCGUUGCUUUCAAUCCCUACGCCAAUUUACUUUACAGUAAAAACUAGUAAUAAUGUAUCACUUUGCAUCGCCGAGCAUCCUCCAGUAAAUGGGGGUUUCCAGCCCAUAGUCUUUCAAUAUAUGUUUGAAACUAUGAUGGGAUUUGUUAUACCUUUCACAAUCAUUGUGUCUUGCUAUGCCUACAUUGGACUAAGGUUACGUACGGUAAAGUUUCAAUCAAAACAUAAGACAAGCCGACUGGUCAUCAUGAUCAUAGUAAUCUUUGCUCUCUUCUGGACUCCAUACCAUGUGGUGAAUAUGAUUCAGGUUUCAGGAGAACUGUAUUCAUCAGAAAAACUAAGAGUCGCUGCUAAGUCUGCUAGACCUAAUGCUAUAGCUCUUGCUUUUCUCAGUAGUAGCAUUAAUCCCGUUCUGUAUGUUUUUGCUGGCGGCAACUUCAUUAGGACUGCUGGUUUGGGAUUCAUGGCCAAACUAUUCGAAGCAACAGGUUCUGAAGCAAGCAGUUUAAGAAAAGUUUCUCAAGUUUUACAGCAGAAGAGUCGAAAGCAGUCAACAGAGCAAGGAAAAUUAAAUCAAACUGUAGAGGAGUGAACAUUAACAUUCUGCAAAAAACAAUAGGACUUAAAAGAAACAUGCAAGCACAAAAGGAGGAAAAGAACUAAUAAGGACAUAUAUCUAGGCCUGAUAAACAUGAAUAUAUUUUCAUGUCUUGAGCAGAGGAUGUUCCUAUUUAAUGUGGAAUUGCUAUCUCCUUGUGACAUAAACAAAUCGCAUUAAGGGAUUAUAAUCAUCAUGGGGAGGUUCCUCACUCAGGACCCCUUCAAUAAACAGGAACAGGACGAUGUUCUAAAAAAGAACUGAGCCAUUCAUGUACUCUACACAAGGAUAUGCCUUUGCUGGACGAUGGACGCCCUUCUCUUGGCAAAAUUAGCUGUCCACCUGGGGUGUUAAGAGCUGGGAUCUGCAUCAAUCAGUUGACCAAUACAAUUGCUUAAAGUUUAUUUAUAGUUUAAAAACUAGGGUUGUUGCGGGUAUCGAAAUAUCGAUACCCAAUCUAUACUUUUGUCCCGGUAGCUAUACGAUACAGGGAUUUGACAUUUAUCGAUACUAGGCUGCCCUACUGUGCAGCCUAGCUUCAGAGAACAUGGAGCGCACUGCUGUCAGCGCGCUCAUGUUCCCUCAGCAGCACAGGGGAUAAGGAGUCACUCUCUCCCUCCCCCCUGUGCCGCCACUGCUGCCAAUAAGAAGAGAGACGGGAG